UCUGGCUGAACUGGACAGCAGGGGGACCAUGUCUUCAGACUGCUGCAGGCUACAUGAACAGUCCGGGUCUGAAUGAGGACAUCACCGUAGUGGCAUGUGUUGGAACAAAUCACAGUUUGAUGCUGGAUGUGCAGAGAAGAGAAAGCGGCAGCAGCAAACCUGAAGCUCUGAGCAGUGUGUCUGUAGGAUUAGCCAAUCAAAGGCUGAUGCUGAGAGCAAGUGGAUGUCUGGCAAGUCUGACUGCAGUGGAGACACGGAUUCAAUACUUGAGCUCUGAGAUACGGAAUAAGCUGCUGGAGAGAAUCAGGACACUGCAGCAGCUCCUUGUUGAAUUCAGACGCCAGUCCAGGGAUAGCGAGUGGCUCCAGGAGCUGAGCGCUGUGCCCUUUCAUGUGUCCCAGCAAGCACGGGCCUUGCUGGAGCUCAGAGAUGGAAGUCUGUUGGCUCUGUGGCUGAGGAGCACGCCACGGCGCCUCAUGAUUGACAACCUGCCUCGCUUUCUCGGUCUGCUGCAGCAGGCCUCUCUGCUUGGACAACAGGAACUGAGGAGGCCCCUGGCUACUCUAGCAGGUGUGUACCAAGAUGUGAAGGGCCAGAAGCUGGAGGCGUUGUGGAGGGAGGCUGUUUCGUUGUGGACUGAAGGGUUGGUGGAGAUCCUCCCUGUGCUGUUAGAGAACCCUCAGCUGAGGCCGCUGGCCCAGGCCAGUGUCGCCACCCUCAGCGUCGCUCUGGAUGUGGCGGGACAGCAUACCUAUCACUGGCUGGAGACCAGGUUGGCAAUGGCUCUCUCUGGAGUCAGGAAACAACUGAACUCUGUCUACACGUACUCCUCCAGUGAGUGCUCAGUGGUUGCGUCAGUGCCGCUGCCCCCGCUCCCCUGGUCCAGGGUGUCCGAGGCCGGACUGGUGGAAAUCCUUCUUGAGGAGUGGCUCCUGAGGCCCCUGCAGACCCUCGCCUCCAUCAGGCCCACAGCUGAACUUUAUCGCCUCAAGAGGAAGAUCAUGGACAGCCCAUUUACACACCAAGCUCUGCUGGUGGCAGGUCAGUUUGUCGUGACGUUUGACGGUCACCUGUACGAGCUCCCAGGCUCCUGCCCGCUGCUUCUCGCUCAAGACAUCAGCGCUGAGCCGUCGUUCAUGCUGCUGCGUGGUUCAGACUUGGAUCAUUUCCUUCUGAUAGGAAUAAAUAACAGCACUGUCAACAUUCAGCACAAUGGACAGGUGAAGGCCAACUGCAACAGCGUUGUAACUCAUACUUUCCACAGUGACGGUGGAGUGGCUGUCAGAAGAGGACAGAACAUUGUGCAGGUGUCCAAUCAGAAUGGAGUUUCACUGUCUUGUGACCUGUCACUUGAUGUGUGCAGCUUCACUCUCGAUGGAUGGCUGCAUGGCAUGUCCACUGGUCUGUUGGGGACUAACGACAAUGAAGCAGGGAAUGAUUUUCCUUUGCCUGAUGGAUCUCAGGCUGAAAACUUGGAGGAUUUUUUCUAUAAUUGGCAGGUAGGACAGAUGAAACCGGGGUGCAUUAAACCUCCAGGUGUGACGGAGCACUUUCCUAAAGAAGCCACGAGCCCUGUGAGCUGUGACUUUUUGUUCUCCUCUCCCGAUUCACCGCUGAGUUCCUGUUUUAGGGUGGUGGAUCCUGGUCAGUUCUUGGCUGUUUGUGAGCUGAGUUCUUCCAGAGCACCCUGUAGAUUAGCAUCUGCGUUUGUUCAUCUCUGCCAGCAGAACUACAUACCUCUGGAGGUCCCCGUCCAGUGCUUAAAAGUCUGAAAGGAGGAUGAGCCGACAAAGAGCAAAGAUGGGUGUGAAAUGACCUCUGUUAGCUGCUAAAACUGACAAAUUUACACUUUUAUACCACUGUUUGUGCUACAUUACUUAUAUACUUUUGUUUUAUAUUCAAUUUUGUACUCUAUUGUAUAGUUACACAUCAUUUUACCUCAUGUAAUGUACACUUUUGUCUUGUUUAGACACAUGCAAUUAUUGUGGCAGUGAUGUGAAUGUGAAUAUACUAACUUUAGCACGAGGCCUCAUUUUUAUAUUUUCUGUGGUCUGUAGUUCAAACACUGAAAUUAUUUAUGACUGCAGUAACUAAUCCUCACAACCAAACCUUGGUCAUAAAGAGAUCAACAAAUGUGUUUUUGAUAAAGUGUAUUUAUUACAUUGUUGUGUGCUGUCUUACAACAGGAUGUUUAAUAUACGUAUGCAUUUCUCUUUAA